GAGAUUUAGGUUGAUACACUAAAAAAUGGGACCGGCAGGAUUCAUUUCGCAAAAGAAAAGAAAAGAAAAAAGCUACCGUUUUGGUUUUGAAAUCAAAACAUAAUUCUCUGUCUACAAACAUCCCCACUCAACACUAUAAACUUAUCAUGCCCACUAAGAAAGAAGAAAGCUCUGUUUCUCUCUCUCCAACUGAGAACCACUCCCACACUCGCACUCACUCAAUUCCCACAAACAACAGAGUUUCCUUCUCAAUAUAUGUCAAAGUCUCUCAAAACCCAUUUCUCUUUUAGAACAUCUUUCCGAGUUAAUCUGCUUUUCUUUGAUGUGGGUUGUAAUUAGAAUCCCAGUUUCGUUGAUGGGUUGCUAUUGCCUUUGGUAAGUCAGUGGUAUUUGGUGGGCUGUUUCUGGUUCACUUCAUAAUGGGAAAUUGCUGUUGUAAUUUGGAGCCUCCUGUAUACGUAGUCUCCUCCAAAGCAAAAUCAGAGUUUCACAAUGACCAGAAUUCAUCAGUGAAAGCAAGGGAGGACGAUGAAAGAAAGUUACCCUCAAAUCCAGAAGAAGUUGAACACUUGCGUCGUAGUUCAGCUACAAAUCAACUGACUGUGUUCACAUUUGAUGAGCUAAAGAUAAUUACAGGAAAUUUCAGACAAGAUCAAAUGUUGGGUGGUGGUGGAUUUGGAAGUGUCUACAAAGGAUUCAUCACCGAUGACAUUAGCAAAGGACUUCAGCCCGUUCCAGUUGCUGUUAAGGUUCACGAUGGCGAUAAUAGUAAUCAAGGCCAUAGAGAAUGGCUGGCCGAAGUUAUUUUCUUGGGGCAGCUUUCUCAUCCAAACUUGGUGAAAUUGAUCGGAUAUUGCUGUGAAGACGAACAUCGUGUACUUAUAUAUGAGUACAUGCCUCGCGGUAGUGUGGAAAACAAUCUAUUCUCAAGAAUCUUACUUCCUCUUCCUUGGUCCAUUAGAAUGAAGAUUGCAUUUGGUGCUGCAAAAGGACUUGCUUUUCUCCAUGAUGCCGAGAAACCUGUCAUCUACCGGGAUUUUAAGACCUCUAAUAUCUUACUAGACCCGGACUACAAUGCAAAACUUUCUGACUUUGGACUUGCAAAGGAUGGACCAGUAGGGGACAAAUCUCAUGUUUCUACUCGAAUUAUGGGCACUUAUGGUUAUGCAGCCCCAGAGUACAUUAUGACAGGGCAUCUGACACCAAGGAGUGAUGUUUACAGCUUCGGAGUUGUCCUUCUAGAACUUCUCACGGGCAGAAAAUCACUAGACAAGUCACGGCCAGCGAGGGAACAAAACCUAACAGAUUGGGCCACCCCUUUACUCAAAGAGAAGAAGAAAAUGCUUAACAUUGUGGAUCCAAGAUUAGAGGGAGAUUAUCCGGCCAAAGGAGCUCACAAGGCUGCUAUGCUUGCUUAUCAUUGCCUCAACCGGAACCCUAAAGCCAGGCCGCUAAUGCGUGACAUUGUUGAUUCGUUGGAGCCUCUUCAGGUCUCUACUCCUUGUCCUGAUUCUUCAAAUGAGAAGUCUACUUUGACUGCGAUCACUGAGAAUCCAAAAUCCUGAAUUUCAAACAGAAGUAGUUGUUAACUGAUGAUGAUACUUGUACCGUCAGGCCUCUAGUUUUCAUUUAUUGAUUUUUAGCUGCUUCUCUUAUUCCGACGGGUUUUUCUUUUUCUUUUUGCUCUCUUCAACACGUAGAACUUAUUUUAUGUGUAUCAAAAAGAAAGAUAACCAUUGUUUCUUUUGUAUUCCUUUUGGAUAGAGUAGUGGUUACAAUUACUUGGCACUGGCGUCAGUCUUGGUUA